AAAAGUACAUAAGAUUUAGUAACGUCGGUAUUCGGAAAGGGAAUCUUGCAGAAGUUUUUUAGAAUUUCUUUCCCACAGUUAGCAUGGCACUUAGUGUGAAUGGGCCGAUGAAAAUGUAUAAAAUUAGUCCUUUGUAUGAUUAUUGUCCUGAUAUAACGCUUCCAACUACAAUGUAUAAAAUGAGAAAUGUGUAUGAGGAUACAGUUACAAUAAAUUCUAAUGACCAGGACGAUGUUAAAUUACUUGCCUUGGAGAAACAUCAACUCAACAUUAUACAGAAACUUGAAAAUUUAAAGGAUAAAGUGCUUCAAAUGAAAAAAGAACUAGGUGUUGAGAAUGAGAAGCAUUUGGAAAAAUUUCAAGAUAUAGUCAUAAAAGCCAAUCCAGAGUAUCCACCACUCAGUAUAUGGGUGUUUUACAAUUUGCUGUCAAAAUCAUUGCCAGUACGACUUGUUACGUAUGUUCAUUCAUCAUUAGCUUCAAUUCCAGGAAAUAUUCAACAUCUUCCUAACAAUGCCAAUUCAGAUCAUGUUAAAGUGUCUUUAACAGUUAUAUGGCGAGAUGGUGGAAAAGAUCAUGAAAUGAUGAUUGAUCCUAUUCAUCAGGGCAUCAUUGAGGGAGAAGUAAAUAUUGCCAGGUAUAUCUCUAGGCUGCUUUCUUUCAAUUAUGAACAUGAUCCUGUGGUAUCCACUCAGAUUGACAACUGGCUGGAAAUCGCACAUUCAUCAUUAAUCCAUGGCAACAAUAAAGAUAGACAAGGAGCACUACGUUCUCUGAAUUCCCAUCUGGGGAAAUCUAAUUUUCUGGUUGGGGACAGUAUAUCUCUUGCUGACAUUAUUACAUGGAGUGCUAUUAUUCAGACAAAUUUGUUUCAGAGUUUGCCAGCAAAUGUUACAAAAUGGUUUAAAUCCCUUUUAAGUGCUGAUAUAUUCAGUUCAUGUGAAAAGCUUAUUGACAUGCAACUUUAAACAUUUAAUUAAAAAUAUAUAGAAUUUUA